AUGAUGUUGUACAAUCGGAAAUCAGAUCUGCCCGCAUUAAUUUCCGGAUUCCAAUUCUCACAGUUUCGAAGCGAAAUCACAUAUCUCGCCAUCUUUCAGAAGAGGAAAUACAUGUUCAAUCUUAGAGAGGAUCGAUUCUUUAUUGAAAUACCAUUUGUUUCACAAAAGCAAUUCUAUGAUAGUGAGUUUUUGAAGCACUAUGAUCAAACAGAACGACGUCCAGAGAACAAUCGUAGACGAACCGGAGGAACACGAUGUGAUUCACAACUGGCAAACGAUGCAGGACAUAUACUUGUUAAACUGAUGCCGUUAAUUCGCAGAGCUACUAGUCAAAUAAACUACAAACCCCCGCCUAACGACUGUGUUGUCUAUCGUUGUAUGGAGUUGACUAACAAGCAGAAGGAACAUUUCAAGACUAAUACUGUUUUUCGAUUUCCCGGAUUCACAUCAACGUCCAAAUCUAAGGCUGCUGCCAAAAAAUUCGGUCUAGUAUUAUUCGAAAUUCACAUUCCUGCCGGAUGUAAACAAGUUAGAAACAUCGCAGCAGUUUCACAUUUUGAAAAUGAGGAAGAAUACUUAUUUUCCCCUUAUUCAUUGUUCAAAGUUACCGGAAGAACGUCAGAAUGCAUUAUACUGAAAGCAAUUGAUAAUAAAUCCAAGAUUGGACUGAAUGAUCCGCCACCGGCGGAUAAACCUACUUUUUUAUAUAAACCUUCAAUAUUACCAGUAGACGAACCAAAGCUGACAGAUGCCGCAAAACCUACACCGAAGCCAAAAAAAGUUAAAUCCAGCGCUUGUGUUAUAUUGUGA